CUGUUUGUAGUGGUGUGGACAAGUUUCUUCGCCAAUCACAGUUACUGGAUCACAAGUGCUGACGUUCCACCGGAUAAUAGCAGCCUCGGUUUAAUCAUUGCCUCCGUGGUGAAUUUCACCACUUCAAUGGUAUUCUCCACAUCCCUGGGCCUCGGACUCGCUGCGCUCUACUCGGCUUACGGUGGGGAUGUUGCGGAAGCUUACGGUAGUGCUGCCUGUACGUCCUACGCUUGA